AUGGCUCGCACCAAGCAAACCGCUCGUAAGUCUACUGGUGGCAAGGCCCCUCGCAAACAACUUUCUACGAAGCAAGCCAAGAAGAGUACUUCGGCUGCCACUGGUGGUGUCAAGAAGCCUCACCGCUUCCGCCCUGGUACCGUCGCUCUUCGUGAAAUUCGCAAGUAUCAAAAGUCUACCGAGCUCCUGAUUCGCAAGCUUCCCUUCCAACGUCUCGUCCGUGAAAUCGCUCAAGACUUCAAGACUGAUCUCCGCUUCCAAUCAUCUGCUGUCAUGGCUCUCCAAGAAGCCGCUGAAGCUUACCUCGUCUCACUUUUCGAAGACACUAACUUAGCUGCCAUUCAUGCCAAGCGCGUUACGAUUCAGCCAAAGGAUCUCGCUCUUGCCCGACGUCUCCGUGGCGAGCGUACCGCUUAAUCCAUCCAAACUGUUAAUCCCUCGUCAU